AUGUGGUGGGAUGCUGAUGGCGAGGGAGCCGUCUCCCCCAGAAUGGAGGUUCCAACAAUCUGGAUUAUGCUUCAGCAGAGCUGGGAGAACAACUCCUUCUCUGAGGCAACACUUGAGUCCGCUGGGUCCAUUAUGGCGGGAUUAUACUGUCACGGAUUGCAAUGGCAGACCGUGGAGUUGAGCUUCCACGCUGAAAUACAGGCUUGUGUCACUCUCAUCUUCAAAUCAAGGAUUCUCCCUCCGCGUCUUCAUCUCGCUUGUGUGAGGGUUAUCAGGCCGAUGGGUGGAGGCUGUGCUGAAGGUCAGUAUCGGGAUGCUUUGGUGGGGUGUAUGGACUGUCUGGGGACAUGUCAGAAAUCACUUGUAAUCAGCAGAUGCAGAAGUUUCUGUGAGGCUGUAAAUUGUAAGACUCAACCUGGCCACUACUACGAUAAGCUGCUAAACAAAUGUAUAGAGUGUAAAGAGAUCUGCGGCACACAUCCUCCAGAAUGCGCCACACACUGCCAGACUGAAGUUGUCGCAGGACCCUCCACACUGAAAGACUCUGAUAUCCUCAUCUACUCCCUGCUGGCUGUGUGCCUGGCGCUGCUGUUUUCUAGCUUGUUUCUGGCCUUUGUAGCCUUUUUUAGAGGAGGCAAGGCCAAAACCUCUAACCCAGGAUCCACAAAGGGCAGUCAAUCCAAGAAGAAGAAAGAGAGCGAGGCCAGGCCGGGACAGGAGACUGGUAUUCCAGCUAGGCAACUUGGAAAAAGCUCCAAAGAUAUUCUAACGUCUCCGAGCUGCCCCGUUAACCUCGAGCCAUCAGACGACUCCCUGCCAACAGAGACCUGCGUGUGUGUCCACUGCUUCCCCGAUAUGAACGUGCGAGGCCCGGCCCACAGCAGGACGCUCAGAGACCCUCCUGUGCUCUACCAGCAAGCUGUCCUCCAAAGAGCCCAGACCCAUAACGGAGGGGCUUGCUGGACGGAGCAGAGCUUCCGAACCUACGACAUGAAGGUCCAGGAGGAGGCAGCAGUGGGAUGA